AUGCCGUCGUUAAAGGGCGUGGUCUACUACCUCUUCCACGUGCAGGAGCUGCGGAACAUGAUCCAGUGGUCGGUAUGGCAUGAUCCCGUCCACAACCGAGAGCAAGAAAAGGAAGGGCCGGACUUGAAGGAGUGCUUCCGCCUGCUCAACCUCACCUCGCGCUCCUUCGCCUCCGUCAUCCAAGAGCUCCAUCCCGAACUCCUCGUCCCCGUCACCCUCUUCUACCUCAUCCUGCGAGGCCUCGACACCAUUGAAGACGACAUGACCCUUCCGAUUGAGAAGAAGGAACCGUUGCUGAGGAAUUUCGACGCCCAUCUCGAAGACGAGAGCUGGACCUUCCACGAGAGCGGGCCGAAUGAGAAGGAUCGCGAGUUGCUGGUCAAGUUCGACGUGGUGGCCAAAGAAUACAACAAGAUCAAGAAGGAGUACCGCGUCAUCAUUGCCGACAUCACCAAGCGCAUGGGCAAUGGCAUGGCCGACUACGCCAAAGAUGCCGAGCACAACCAGCAGGGCGUGCAAACCAUCAAGGACUACGAGAUGUACUGCCACUACGUUGCCGGCUUGGUAGGUGAGGGCUUGACGAGGCUGUUCGUCGAGGCCAAGCUGGCCAACCCCGUGCUGCUCCAGCGCCCCGAGCUGAUGGAGAGCAUGGGCCAAUUCUUGCAACAAACCAACGUCAUCCGUGACAUUCGCGAAGACCAUGACGACCGGCGCUACUUCUGGCCGAAGGAGGUCUGGAGCAAGUAUGUCGACAAGCUGCCCGACAUCUUCCUGCCGGAAAACCGAGAGAAGGCGCUCCACUGCCAAAGCGAAAUGAUCCUGCACGCCCUGCAGCGCGCCGACGACUGCCUCUACUACAUGGCCGGCGUGCGCGAGCAGUCCGUCUUCAACUUUGUGGCCAUUCCGCAGACCAUGGCCAUCGCUACCCUCGAGCUCUGCUUCCAAAACUACGCCAUGUUCGAGCGGAACGUCAAGAUCACCAAAGGACAGGCGUGUGGGAUCAUGAUGCGCUCCACGCAGAACCUGCAAAUGGUGUGUGAGCUGUUCCGAGAAUACGCUCGCAAGAUACACCGCAAGAACCGACCGCAGGACCCCCACUUUCUCGACAUCAGCAUCGCGUGUGGCCAGAUUGAGAAGUUCAUCGAAACCAUCUUCCCCACGCAAACACCACGCACCCUAGCGGCCGGCGCGACAGCCCCGGCAGACGAAACCCAGGAAGAGAGAGUGAAGCGGGAGAAGGCGGAGAGCGAGGCGAAGUGGGACACGAUCUACAUGCUACUUGCUGUAGCGACAACGCUGUUCAUCAUCUGCAGCGCCAUGUUUGGAAUCGCCUAUUCCUUCGGCGCCCGAUUCGACCUCGCAUUCGAGGCCAUCCUCGACACCGUGCGCCAAUUCCGAGGCCUUCCGAGCACGGCGGACACGACAUCCGCAGCCGCCCCAAUUGUGAGUAAGAUGCCUGGUAGGGAUGAGCUGUAG